CUUGAGCGCAUUUGCAUGCGGGACACCAAACAAAGACGUCCAUUUCUUCAUCAUUCCAGUUAGCGGACUUCAUUCCAAAUCAUGAAAAUGAGUUUCUUUGGCAAACUGAAGAACAUUGGUCCUCCAGCACCACCUAGAAGAACAGGCAACAAUGACGACUUUGGGUGGAAACAACAUGGAUUUUGGCAGGAGGAUGAAGAAGAAGAGGAGGAGAAUGACAUGUAUGAAGUUCCUCCGUGUGAGCGUCCGGCUGUUACCGUCCCGCCGAGACAAGUGGAAGAAAACGUUUAUAUGGAACGAACCUCCAGUGUGGUAGUCCCACAACGCUUAGCGACACCUGCAGCGUCAAGACUUGGUGGAAAAAUUCAGCAGAAACCUCAACAUGCUAAGGAGAAGAAACCACCCGAGGUGGACAGAAACGAGAAGCCUGGCAGGAAAAAGAUGACGCCUCCUCCUGCUCCCUUUCUUACGUCCACCAUCGAGGAAGAUGUAUACCUGGAUCCGAUUGAAGAACAGAGGGAUAACGACGACCUGUAUUUAGAACCAGCAGCUGCUUGCCCUCCGGCCCCUCGCGGCCCGAUGAGAAUGUCUUCAUCCACCAAGAUGGCACUCACGCAUUCGCCCAUGAUGAAGCCUCCACUUCCGAGAGCAAAGUCGAAUUCCUUCCUGCCUUCAUUGACAGAGGUCAAAUCAGCUUCUGGUGGUGGGAGGACAAGCAACCAAUCUGCGAAUGAGGACAAAGAAUGGUUUGCUGGUGAUUGCAACAGGAAAACAGCAGAGGAUCUUUUAGUUAGAGUCAAUAAGGACGGCACCUUCCUCAUCCGACACAGCUCGGCCCAGAACGCCCGCCAACCUUUCACCCUGGCUGUGCUUUACCGUCAGAAGGUCUACAACAUUCCCGUCCGCUUCCUGGAGGAGAUGCAAGGCUUUGCUCUGGGAAAGGAGGGCAAGAAAAGUGAACAGGUUUUCACCAGCCUGGAGGAAAUAGUGACGCACCAUAAGAAGAACCAGCUCUAUUUGAUUGACAGCAAGAGCCAGGCCAAGCACCCAGUCUAUUUAUCUCACGCGGCACGCUGUUGACAACACAUUUGACACAAUCAGACACGAUCUUUAAACUGAAAAUGUUGUCACACUUUAUUGGACACACAAAAAUUGCUUUCCACAGCAUUAAGUUGUAUAGAAGGGGACAUGUUAUGGAAAAUUGACUUGAAACGAGAAUUAAACUUUCCUCUCGAAACACUGCUGAAUUUCACACAAACAAUAAAACGCCACUUUUCUAUAAUAUGUUCCCUUUAUAAUUUAGGAGGUAAUAAAAAACAGCACAACACAAGUCAAGUCAAGUUUAUUU